UUUAACACGACUCGUCGUAGGAAAGAGUAGACUAUAGGUCUCAAACAAAGCAAAACGAAGAGAUCAGAAAAUGGAAGACGAGAAGCUACAGAAGUCCAAGAAAUGGCUUCACGAUCUGUCGACAGGUGCCAAAGGUAUCAACGAGCUAGAGGCCUUAACUCAUGUUGGCCUGCAGGUCAUGAAUGCCCGCAAGGGCUUCUUCCGCUGCAACUUCAUCGUUCCAGACCAUCUCUCUGACCAGGAUGGAAACUGGCAUGUCGGAGCUAUCGCAACUGUGAUCGACGAUGUUGGGGCCGCCACCGUAUACUCAACUGUUGGUGAUGUCAAAUCCGUUGACUUCACCAUUUCAUAUUACUCCAGGGUCAAGACCAGAGAAGAGGUUGAGUUGGAGGCUGAGAUUGUAGGGGACAUGGGGAAGCUCAUAUGUGUGGUGGUAAAGGUGACAAGGAAAGAGGAUGGAGAAAGCGUUGCUUUGGGUAAGCAAUGGAUGGCCUCAUUUUCAAGGAGGACCAAUCAAUCUCAAGUCACUAGUAGGCUUUGAGGUAAAUGUACUACUUUGAUAAUCUAGACCAAAUUUUCUAGACUACAAGUAUGUUUUCAUCUUUCAAAGUCUGAAUCAUGUAUGUGAUGAGAAUUUCUUUUUCUUUGGUU